GGUCCUUUCUGUUAAGUUUUAUGAUUUUCUGUUAGUUUUAGCCUUGUUGGCAGUCCAGCUGGGCAUCAAUAGCUGACAUGGAUUUAUGAUUAAAAAAUGAAGGAACAUUUCUGACGUUCCAUAUUUCUUUCUCAUCUAUCAUAUUCACUUUAAGUUUUCUCCCAUAACCCCCUUUCGUUCACUAGGGUUCGUGAAUGAUUCAUCUUCAUACAUAGUUCAUUCCCAGCUUCAUCUUCGUGCAGUAAGGGUUUGUGGAACAAGAAGACAUUCUACAAUCUGAGAUAAGGUAAUGGAUACUCGUUUUGAAUGCAUUGUUCAUCACGGGGGUUUUUUUUCUGAGUUCACGAAAUUAGGGUACGAUGGGUUAGAGGAAAUCUGGCAAGUGGAUCCUGACUUUUGGAGUUAUUUCGAAGUACUAGACGCGUUAAAUGAGUUAGGUUAUCCAGACAUAGAUAGUCUCUGGUAUCAUGAUGAAAUGGAGAGUAAUAGCAUUGUUGAGUUGACAGAUGACAUAGGAACUAGGAGGAUGCAUGUAAUAGCUGAGUUGACUGGGGAAGUCCAUUUAUAUGUUUUGCAUCCUGUGCAAGAACCAGAUAUUAUUGAGGGUAUUGGUGGAGUUGAAACUAAUGUAACAAACACAAUGGAUACAGGAGAGAUAAAUGCUGAUAGUUUAGGAGACAUGGAGAAUGUAGUGGGGACCACUGAAGAUUCACUUAAUAUAGAAGCUGAAGUUGAAGGUACAAACACAGAUAUGGAAUAUGGAGACAAGGGGACCACAGAUGUGGAACAAGUUGGUGGGACCAUGGAAUCAGGACAUAGUGAUAUUGCCAAAGAAGCAGUAGCAGUUGAGGGACUAAACUGUAACAUGGAAAAUACUGAGGGACUAAACUGUGAUCUGAACUUAGAGAAGGAAGUUGAAUCUGAACUGAUUUUUGAAGAAGAGUUACCAGGUGGUGAUGUUGAGGGGACCAAAGAUACUGAUGGACUGACUUGUGACAAAGAUGUUGAACUUGAUCUAAACUUUGAGAAGGAGGUUGAAUCUGAACUGAACUUUGAAGAGGAGUUACAAGGUGGUGAUGUUGAGGGGACCAAAGAUACUGAUGGAUUGAAAAGUGGUAGUGAAGAUAGUGCAGUAGGAAUUAACUUUGAAGAUUCUGAUAAUGAUGUGGUGAUGACUGAAGCAGUGGCAGUUGAUGAUGCUGAAAUAUCUGAGGAUGGGACAAAAAAAGGUAAGGGAAAAGGGAAGAGUAAAGGAAAAGUUAAAGCUAAGAGGAAGGGGAAGGGGAAGGGGAAGGGGAAGGUAAAAGGGAAGGGGAAGGGGAAGGGGAAGGGGAAAGUAAAAGGGAAGGGGAAGAUUGGAAGACCUAGUAAGAAGAAAGUUAGUGAGAGUGCCACAUCUGGGGAAAAAAGCCUUUUAGUUGAUGAUGAUGAGGUAGAUGAAGAAGAAAUACCUGUAAAUUUGAAGGGUUUGAGUGAUGUUGAGACUGACAACAGUGAAGUAGGAUUUGAUGAAUAUUUUAGUGAGGAUGAUUGUGUGACAAAGACUCUAUUUCAAACCUUCAAAAUGCCUAAAACUAUGGAGGAUUAUAAGUGGGAGUUAGGAACAUACUUUGCAACUAACCAAGACUUCAAGGAUGCCAUAAGGUCAUAUGCCAUACACAAUGGUAGGGACAUGAAGUUCAAGAAAAAUGAUAAAAAAAGGAUGAGAGUGAUAUGUAAAAAAGGGUGUCCAUGGGAGGCAUAUUGUGCCAAAAUUCAGGAUGAGGAAACAUGGCAGCUUAGGAAGAUUGUUGACAAACAUACUUGUAGUAGGGAUUUCAAAGUAAAUUUGUUAAACUCAAAAUGGCUGAGUAGUAAGAUACAGAAAAAUGUUAGAGAGAAUCCUAAUUUAAGGCUAGCUGACAUUAUGGAAAAAACUCAACAGAAAUGGAAUGUGGGAAUCAAUAGAACUCUUGCAUACAGGGCCAAGACAAAGGCAAUUGACAUUGUUGAUGGCUCAUUUAGAGAACAAUAUAAAAGGAUACAUGACUAUGCACAUGAACUUCUAAGGGCCAAUCCUGGUUCAACAGUCAAAGUAACCAGUCAACCUUUCCAAGGUGAAGAAGAAAGCAUUGAGAAUCCUCAAAUUCAACUGAGUCCCCAUUUUCAGAGAAUGUACAUUUGUUUUAAGGCAUGCAAGGACAGCUUCUUUAAGUGCAGGCCUAUAAUAGGAUUGGAUGGGUGCUUCUUGAAGGGUUAUUAUGGUGGACAGAUUCUUGCUGCAAUUGGGAGGGAUCCCAAUGAUCAGAUGAUGCCUAUUGCUUAUGCUGUAGUGGAGGAAGAAACCAAAGAUUCAUGGAGUUGGUUCCUUGAGUUGCUGAUAGCUGAUCUUGGUGGGGAAAGGAUUUGCAAAACUUACACUUUCAUAAGUGAUCAACAAAAGGGACUAUUACCAGCCCUAGAAGAACUAUUGCCUCAAGUGGAUCAGAGGUUCUGUGUCAGGCAUUUGUAUAGCAAUUUUAGAAAGAAAUUCCCCGGUGCCAAACUCAAGGAAUUGAUGUGGAAAGCUGCUACAGCUAGUUAUACUAAUGCAUUUGAAAGGGCUAUGCUGGAGAUGAAGGGUGUCAAUGAGAAUGCCUUCAAGCAUUUGAUAAAGCUGCCAGCUAGAUAUUGGAGCAAGGCAUUCUUCAAGCCAUAUCCUCUUUGUGAUGCCUUGGUAAACAACAUGUCAGAGGCUUUCAACUCUGUGUUUGUGACUUCUAGGGCCAAACCUAUAAUUACCAUGCUUGAAGAAAUCAGAGUAUAUCUCAUGCAAAGGUGGGAGUCAAAUAGAGAGAAAAUUGCCAAGUUUGAAGGAGAUAUUUUGCCCAAUAUCAAGAAAAAAAUUACAAAGGAAUCUGGAAGAACAAACUAUUGGAUUGUGAGGCGUGCAGGUGAGUUUGACUAUGAAGUGAGGCACAUCUCAAACAAUGGAGAAAAGUAUGUGGUGAAUUUGUCCACCAAGCUGUGUUCUUGCAGGUUAUGGAUGCUAACAGGUUUACCUUGUUGUCAUGCCAUGAGUUGUAUGAAAUCACAACAACUUGAUAUUGAAGAUUUUGUGCCUGACUGUUACAAAAAAUCUACUUAUGAGGCAUGUUAUGCAAGUGUUAUUUUUCCUGUCAAUGGAGAAAAUCUGUGGGAGAAGAAGGACUAUGCUGAAUUGCAACCACCACCUAUCAAGAGGCAGCCAGGAAGGCCAAAGAAGAAGAGAACUAGAGACCCAUCUGAAAACAUAAGGAAUGAGACUCAACUCAAAAGAGCAAACUUUGGCAUUAAGUGCAGUAGGUGCCACAUGAUGGGGCACAACAAAUCAACAUGCAAACUGCCACCACCAAGCCAGUCUGCUCAACCUGAAACUACUCAGCCUGAGCCAAUUCAGCAUGGACCUAGCCAGCCUGAAGCUACUCAACCUGAAGCUACUCAGCAAGAUUCAACCCAGUCUGAAGCAAUUCUGAAUUAGGCUUUUAUGCCCUUAUGUAUUUUGUGUAUUAUCUAGGCUGAACAAAAACCUAGGCUCCAUGUCAUUUUGUAUGUUUCUGUCAUCGAGCAAGUACUUAGGCUUU